UCUUUGUUAGGGUAACAAAGAAAAGCUAGUGUAGAUUGCGUAUUGGAGACGACUCGAGAGGAAGCCACCGGCACUUUCUGUAAUUUCUUCUUUACUACAAGUCAAGAAGACCAGCAGCCAGCCCAGCCCAGCAUAGCUUUGCUUUGAUAUUAUUAUAGUAUUAUUUAUCAUUCAAGGACUAAUCAAUCUAUGCGUGUAACUACUAAUCCAUCCAUCCUCCAAUGGGAGGGGCACGAUACAUAUAUAUAUAUAUAUACAGUGAACCCAGACGGCGGCGGCUAUUAUCCCAGGUGGAAACGAAUAAAAAAACACAGGCAGGCAGGCAGAUGCAUCGUCUCCAGCGAGAGAGAGGGAAGCAACUAGCAAGCAGAUAUGUCCCUUCAUAGUCGUUUCGUCUUCAUAAUCAUAAUCAUCUUCUUCGUUGCAGCACGAUCAGCUGCAGACUGCAGCAGCAGUAGAUGCGGAGAUAUCGAGAUUCCCUACCCCUUCGGUGUGGAGGAGGGGUGCUAUCUGGACGACACCUUCAGGAUCACUUGCGACGAGGCCACCGGUUCUGCUGCGCUGGCAUGGCUCAGCUGGGACGUGGACCGCAUCUCCCUCGCCGAUCACACCUUCAGGCAUAAGAAUUUCACCGGUGUCACCAUGAGAUUCAAGACACCCGGCGAGGCCUACGUCGAUUAUGCAUCGCCCGCUGUCGGAUCGCACUACAGCAUCUCCCACGCACACAACACCUUUGUUGCAAUGGGAUGCGAUUUCUUCGUCUCCCUCGUCGACGAAGAGGAUUCGAAGGUCCGGGGAUCCUGCUCGUCUCUGUGCAACAUCAAGGACACAACCCCGUUGCAGCAGCAGGAACUGUCGACCUGCGCUGGACUGAAUUGCUGCCAGAUCAGCUUCCCAGCGCACCUGAGGAAUUUGUCUGUGAGGGUCCAGACAGUAAAGAAUUCCCUGGCAGGGAGAGGGAGUGAGGCCAGUCAGAGUCAGAGUCAGUGUGGAUUCUUCACAUUUGUGGACAACAACUUGCUGCGCCUCAACAAGAUCAAAAUCUCGUGCAAUGAAAGCUACGUUGUCCCGAUGAUUCAUGAGUGGGCGGUGGGCACAACUCAUUGCGACGAAGCUAGGGGAAGGGAAGACUACCUGUGCCGCGAGAACACGGAGUGCGUUGACUACGAUACAGGGAUCGGUCGAUACAGAUGCCAAUGCAUGAAUGGGUACACGGGCAAUCCUUAUCUCCCCCAAGGAUGCCAAGACAUUGACGAGUGUGGUAAUCAUAGCGAUAACAAGUGCCCCUCCGGGAGCCGGUGCCUCAAUACAGCAGGAGGUUACUACUGCUUGCCUAACCGCAAGCGCACGCUAGCACUUGUCGUUCCCUUAGGAACUGGCCUAGCCGCUGGUAUACUAGCAUUGGCUGCCAUUGCAAUAUGGAGUUGGAGAAAAGUAAAGGCAAUCAAAGCAACAAAAACGAAGCAAAAGUUGUUCAAGAAAAACGGGGGGUUGCUACUGCAGCAGCAGAUGAUAUCAUCAUCAGCAGCAGCAGCAAGCAGGGGAAGCCUAUUGCCUGAAGUGACAAUCUUCAAGAUAGAGGAAUUGGAGAAGGCCACCGACCGAUUCAACAAGAGCCGCAUAGUCGGCGGAGGGGGGGUCGGCACAGUCUUUAAAGGAAUGCUGCCAGACGGGAUGAUCGUCGCGGUGAAAAAGGCAAACGCGAUGAAUGGUUAUAGCACCACUCAGGUCAACCAGUUUAUCAAUGAGGUGGUCAUACUGUCGCAGAUAAACCACAGGCACAUAGUCAAACUGCACGGGUGCUGUUUAGAGGCCCAAGUUCCGCUGCUCGUAUACGAGUACAUUGCCAACGGCACACUCUCGCACCAUCUGCACAACCACAACCACGAACACGGAGGAGGAGGGGCAUUCACUCUGUCGUGGGAGAAUCGGCUCCGGAUUGCGUGGGAAGUUGCAGAGGCUCUGGCGUACCUGCACUCCUCCGCCGCCACGGCAAUAUUCCACAGGGACAUGAAGUCGAGUAACAUCCUGCUGGACCAAAACUACAGGGCGGUGGUAUCCGACUUCGGGCUCUCCCGGUGGGUCGCGGUGGAUAAGACUCACCUGACGACGUCGUCGGUGGGAGGCACGUUCGGGUACUUGGAUCCGCACUACUUCUGGUCGGGAAGGCUGAACGACAAGAGCGAUGUGUAUGGCUUCGGAGUCGUAUUGGCGGAGAUUCUGACCGGAGAGAAGGCAAUAUCAGAGGCAGCCGACGACGACGACGACCAAGGGCUGGCGCAGCGGUUCCGACUGGCGGUGAAGGAGAAUCGGCUGGUGGAGAUCGUGGAGAGGUCGGUGGCGUACGAAGGCGAGGAGGAGGAGAUUUGGUCGGUGGCGAAACUGGCGGGGAGAUGCCUGAAGCUGAAAGCGGAGAAGCGGCCGAGUAUGAGGCAAGUGGCGGCGGAGCUGGAUCAUCGACUCACCAACAUCAGAAUCAGAAGAAGAAGAAGAAACAACCAACCUUGAUUGCGCUGUGUUGUGUGUACACAAUUAUGUGUAUAUUUAUUUUUAUAUAAAUAAAAUUUCAAAACUCUCUGUAUAUGAUGGAAAGAAAAUAAAAAUAAAAAGAAAAACAGAUGAAUAGAUAGAUAGG